AUGCGUGACGACCUCAUCGCCUGCCUGCAACGCGAAGAGCCGACCGGCUCUGGGCAGAAAGGCGCGGCAUUCGCCAACGAAUUCGCUCGGGCCUCCCAAGCGGCCGUUGACGAAACCCAGGCACCAUUCCACUUCUCAGUUCCCGAGAAGGCCUGGGGCAUCCUCUUGCUGGACAUUGCUACCCACAUCCUGCCGGAUCAUCCGUGGCAGACCGCCGUGCUGGUGGCCCUGGGCAACCUCAAGCAGCGGGCCGAGCUUAUCCACGACAGAUGGAAGUUGGUGAGAUAUCUAUUAUCGUUCACGCAUAACAAAGGCUACGGCGAGAUCGAUCUCGACGCCGCCAACCCGGCAACGCGGGAGCCCCUCCAGAACCUCUUGGAGCGCGGCACCACCAUGUGGCAGCCCGACUGCUGGGACGACGUCACGGGGACGUUCCGCGGCCGCGGCGACCGCGACAGGGCAGCCCACGACGCCAAGCUGUGGGUGGCCACCGAGUGGCUGGCGCACUGCGCCAGCCCGAUCCUCGCCACGGCCUCGAUCGAGCACCGGGCGUGGGUGAAGUGGAAGCGCGGCCUGGCUACCGAGGCCGUAGCCCGCGUUGGCGAUGAUGACAUUUCCAAGCGCAUUGCCUGGGCUCUUGCGGCUAUGGAUGCUGCCGAGGCUGAGGCCGGCGUCUUUCCUGGCGCCGAUGACGGUGAUGACGACGAUGAUGAUGAUGAUAGUACUUACCAGCCGCCGCAACAGCAGCAGCAGGGUUGGCUCGCGGGGGUUUGGAGUUUGAUGUCACGUUUCCUGCCUGAUGAAUAA